UCAUGACAUUGUAGUUGUACAGUUAGGUCCUUCUCGAUUCUCUCCUUCGUGAAGGAAGCUCACUGAGUUAUCUUCUUUCCUUUCUUCAGCACUUUUCACCUGAGUGUCUUAACUUCUUAUUAACACACGGCUCGAUUUAAUAUCAGCAUUAUGACUUCGAUAACUGUGUUUACUGUCAUCGUGUUCUUAUCAACCAGCAGUAUGUUCAAAACGAAUGCUAGUUUACAUCAUGUUCUCACCCACUGGGAGACGUUACAUAAGGAUGAUAUUAAGCAUCACAUCGUCAGACGAAGUACCGAUGGAGACGUGGGAAAUGAUGUACGCAAAGUCUCUCUCAAUAUGAUGGGAAGGCGAUUUGAUCUGAACCUAGCACCAAGGUCGGAUCUCUUUUCCUCUGAUUUCAAAGCGUACGUCGUUGACGGCCAGGGCAACAAGAGAGAGCAGUAUGUUGACACAAAUAGCUUCUAUACUGGCUAUUUAGAAGGAGAACCCCACACUGUGGUAAAAGCUCAUGUAGCAGAUGGUUUGCUAACUGCUAAAAUUUAUGCACAGCAGGACCACUACAACAUUGAGCCAUCUUGGAGGCAUGUCAAGGGGUCACAUGACUAUCACAUGAUCGCAUACCGCAGUUCUGCUGUCAAACGCAAUGAAACAUCCUCUUUCUGCCCCUAUGAUCAUCAUUUGCCAGAGGGACUCACGUAUGAGAAGACUCAUGAACAAAUAGAACCACAACCAAAACCAAGUUCCUACACAUCAAAUCGCAAGAAGCGAACUCCACCACGCUAUAAUACUUGCCCUUUGCUGCUGACGGCCGAUUAUCGCUUCUUUCAGGUGAUGGGUGAGGCCAACACACCUCAGACUAUCAGUUACUUGUUGAGUUUGAUUGACAGAGUGGAUCCUAUCUACAGAGAGACGGAAUGGGAGCCAGGUUUUUACGGUUUCGGAUUCGAAGUUAAGGAGAUCAUAGUGCAUGACUCGCCAAAUCCUGAACCUGGUCACUAUAACAGCAAUACCAACCCGGACAAUGCAUGGGACGUACAGAAACUUCUAGAGGCAUACAGUCGUGAGGAUCAUGGAGCGUACUGCCUGGCUCAUCUAUUCACCUAUCAAGACUUUGACAACGGUGUACUUGGUCUGGCUUACAUUGGUACUCCAAGAAGUAAUGCUGUGGGUGGGAUAUGCACUACAAUUUACCAUACAGGUGGUAAACAGUACCUUAAUACCGGCCUUACAACUACAGUCAACUGGGGGCGUAAUGUUCUGACUGAAGAAGCAGACCUUGUCACAGCUCAUGAGCUUGGGCAUAACUUCGGCAGUGAGCAUGACCCAGGGCAAGAAGGCGACGUGUGUUCCCCUGGCAACAAGCGCCAUGGCAACUUCUUAAUGUUUCCUGCCUCAGUCAGUGGAAGAGAGCCUAACAAUAGACUGUUUUCCAAGUGUAGCCUUCGCCUAAUUGCGCCAGUACUACGCGCUAAAUCACCACGGUGCUUCCAAGAACCAAAAGGUGACUCAGUCUGUGGUAACUACCGCGUCGAUCCAGGUGAAGAGUGCGACCUCGGUCACCUUGGCAACAAAAACAUGGAUAAAUGUUGUGACCCCUUCUGCCGCCUGAAGGCUGGUGCCACCUGCAGUGACAAGAAUUCGGCGUGCUGUGAGAAUUGUCAGUUUGCAAGCCCCCAGAAGCUGUGUCGACUAACCGCGGAAAUUGAUAAGAAUUGUGAGCAGAGUGCGCACUGUACGGGGUUUGGGCCUGACUGUCCCCCUUCGCUACCCAAGAACAACGGUGCAGAAUGUGUUGAUAGCGGUGAGUGUCGAGAAGGCCAGUGCAUUCCAUUCUGUGAAAAGAAGAACCACAUUUCCUGCAUAUGCCAAGGCCUUGCGGAGUCUUGCAAACGCUGUUGUCAGAAACCCGGAGAGACUCUCUGUGCCCCUCAAAUCAACUUAACGACAAACACAGAGUUACUUCAAGCUGAUGGUCGGCCCUGCUCUGAGGGAGUCUGCAUCAAGGGGUCAUGUGAGAGUCAGACUCAAGAUUUUAUUGAACGAUUAUUUGAUGUCUUUGAAGGCAUCACCAUCAACAAAAUAGCCCGUAUUUUAAAAGACAACGUUGUUGCAGCUACCAUAAUCAUUUCUCUGGUCAUAUGGCUACCUUGCAGUUGUCUGGUGAAUUACAUGGAUGGUAAAAGAGCAGCCGAGGUAAAGACUGCCGAUGAUUGGCUGAACCCAACAAAUACAGAGAGAUACCUGCCUGAGGAUCGCUCCAGAGUUUACAGCGCUCUUUACGAAAGCUUCGAAGAAAAGGCCGACACCGAACAUCUGCUUCAUUGGUGGGACACACAGAGAACGUCUGAUAGUGGCGAAGCAGAAGCGUCGUUGUGAUUAACUCACGGUCAAUAACUCACUUCCUCACUUUAAAAAAUUCUUGCAAAACCGUGACCUUUUUGCAAAUAAAUUUCUUUUAUCAACGACUACCAUGACACAUUUUCGAAGUUGAGUUGUCGACCACCUGUAAGUUGAGUUGUCGACCACCUGUAAGUUGAGUUGUCGACCACCUGUAAGUUGAGUUGUCGACCACCUGUAAGUUGAGUUGUCGACCACCUGUAAGUUGAGUUGUCGACCACCUGUAAGUUGAGUUGUCGACCACCUGUAAGUUGAGUUGUCGACCACCU